AUGGCUGCAAACUCAAAAGACGCUGAACGAAAGCUCAACCAGAACAUUGACAAGGCAUCUGGCGCUGCUCAAGAUGAAGUCUCUCGCUUGCGCGCCGAACUUGAUGACUUGCGUGCACGAGCUCGCCCAAAGGUCGAAGAAGCUGAAUCGUUCUUAACUUCGCCCAGUGCUCUUGGUUUCUACAAAGGUGUCGUUGUUGUAUUGGGCUAUGCCAAGGCAAACGGUGGAUUGCGUCUGUAG